AUGAACUGUGAGAUCCGCUACACCGACGGUUCCGUAUCUAGCCGAGGAGUCGGCUUCGGAGUCCAUGGACCCAACCUAACCAUGUCGGAAAGUCUGCCACGGCCAUGCAACAUUUUUUCCGCUGAAGCUGUCGCCGUCUUCAUUGCGGCUACUUACCCAGCGGACAAACCGAUUGUGGUCCUUACGGACUCUGCGAGCGUGGUUUCUGCCCUUCAAAGCGAAACCCCCAAGCAUCCCUGGAUCCAGGGAACACUAGCUGGAAUGAUUCCCGGCACCACCUUUGCCUGGAUCCCCGGACAUUGUGGCAUUAGGGGGAAUACUGAGGCCGACGCCCUGGCGAGCAUCGGUCACGAAGGUCCACAAUAUACCCGUUCCGUCCCACUGGCCGACGUCAAGAAAUGGACCAAGAGCGUCGUCGGCCAGGACUGGGCUCGAAUAUGGAACGACAACACGGGGCUCUUUCUCAGAAAAAUCAAGGGAAACACCAUCUCCUGGAAAGACCCAGCCACCCAGAAAGAGCAGCAGGUUAUCUCGAGGCUCCGGACCGGUCACACAAGGGUCUCCCACAAUUUUGGAGGUGGGGGCCCUUUCCGGUCCCGUUGUGAUCUCUGCGACACCGAAAAUAGCGUGGAGCACUUCAUCUGUCGGUGUCCCAAAUAUGACUACCCCCGAAGUCUAUACGGCAUACCGGGGAGUAUCAGGGACGCACUGGCGGAUGAUGAAGCUGCCAUGGCGGCCAUCUUCUGCUUCCUGAAGGACGCCCAACUUUUUUACGAAGUUUAG